UCUGGCUGGAGGAGUGUGUACAUGAGUGAUGUGUGUGUGUGUGUGUGAGUGAGAGAGUGAUACAUACAUAUCACAACUGUCGCUAACUUUAGCGGCUUUUCUCUCAGUUUAUCGCGUGUUCUCGCGUUGUUUCUGUCGCUCGUUUGUGUUUGUUUGCGUGAAAAUUAACGAGACGUUUUUUUUCUCUCUGUUCACGGAGAAGAAGAAGAAAAAACGAAGCGGGAGAGAAAAUGUCUGACUGUUAGCUAACAUUUGUUUAGCUUCAGGUGGAUUAAACGUCACCGUGAGGAAGAGGAGGAGGAGGAAGAUACACACACUGAGCAGCUUCUAUGACUCGCCUCCGUCCCUGAGCAGACGAUGUAUCCGCCUUCUCGCAAGGACUUCGUCUCCCUGACGCUCGGCGAUCUGCACGGUAACGCGUACAACAACGGUAAACACCGGAGACAGUCCUGCUGGAGGAAAUGGAAGCAGUUGUCUCGUCUCCAGAGAAGCCUCCUCCUGUUCCUGCUCGCUCUGCUGCUCAUAUUCGGACUCCUCUCGUACCCGAGCCUCAGACAGCAGUGGAGAGGUUUAUCUGACAGUGAAGACUGGCUGGAUCUAAAGGACUUACCUCUUGGAGUGAAUCCAGUUCUGGGUCCAGCUGCAGCAGUGAAUGCCCCCGCUCCUGUGGUGGGUCCACAUCUGGGUCCAGCUGAAGUUCCAGAGGUGCCAGAACCCAGAGGACCAAACAUCGCUGUCAUGGCUAAGCCUCCGUUCAAGAAAAAGACAUUUUUAAAUAUGCGAGGGCCCCCGGGUCUGCAGAGAGACGCAAACGCAUCCGACACCCUCGCCGACGGAAGGAAGGAGCUAAAGGACGGAGGAGACGGAGGAGACGGUGGAGAGGACAAGGACAAAGAUAAGAAGAUUGUCAGCUGGAGAGGAGCCGUGAUCGACGCCGACCAGGUCACAGAGGCUCCGCCCUCGGCCGUCCAGAAAGACGCUGCAGCGCCCCCUGCUGCCACUGUCUUAGUGGAAGUUUCCCCUGGCAGAGUGGACCGAGUGGAGGCCGUACGUGACGCCUUCAGACAUGCGUGGAAAGGCUACAAGGAGUUCGCCUGGGGCCACGACGAGCUCAAACCCAUCUCCAAAUCCUUCGGCGAGUGGUUCGGACUAGGGUUGACCCUCAUUGACUCACUGGACACCAUGUGGAUUCUGGGCCUUAAAGAAGAGUUUGACGAGGCAAAGACGUGGGUGGACAAGGAGCUCUCGUUCAACAGGAACGUGGACGUGAACCUCUUCGAGACGACGAUCCGCGUCCUCGGUGGACUGCUGAGCACGUACCAUCUCACAGGAGAGCAGCUCUUUCUGGACAAAGCGAAAGAUCUCGGGUCCAGGUUGAUGCCUGCCUUCAAAACUCCCUCAAAGAUCCCAUUUUCUGACGUCAACAUCGGGAAGGGGACGGCGCACCCUCCCCGCUGGACGUCAGACUCCACGCUGGCCGAGGUGACGAGCAUUCAGCUGGAGUUCAGGGAGCUGAGCCGCCUCACGCAGGAGCCGCAGUAUCAGGAGGUUGUGAAUGAAGUGAUGAGGCUGGUUCACAAACUGCCAGGAAAACACGACGGUCUGGUUCCGAUGUUCAUCAACACCAACAGCGGUCAGUUCUCCCACAAAGGAGUUUUCACUCUGGGAGCCAGAGCCGACAGUUACUAUGAAUAUCUGCUCAAACAGUGGAUUCAGGGAGGAAAGACCGAGGAUGAUCUGCUGGAGGACUACAUACAGGCCGUGGAGGGCGUGAAGAAACACCUGGUCAGACAGACGGGGCCUAGCAGACUGACUUUUGUCGGAGAGCUGUCUCACAACCGCUUCAACCCUAAGAUGGAUCACCUGGUGUGUUUCCUGCCGGGGACUCUGGCGCUCGGGGCCCACAACGGUCUCCCCGUGGACCACAUGGACCUGGCGGUGCAGCUGAUGGAGACGUGUCACCAGAUGUACGUGCAGAUGGAGACGGGUCUGAGUCCUGAGAUCGCACACUUCAACCUGCAGGCCAGCGACAGCCGCGACGUCUUUGUCAAGCCUGCAGACAGACACAACCUGCUGAGACCAGAGACUGUGGAGAGUCUGUUCUACUUGUACAGAUUCACCAAGGACACCAAGUACAGAGACUGGGGCUGGGAGAUACUGCAGAGCUUCAAUAAGUAUACAAAGGUCUCUGGUGGCGGCUACACAUCCAUUAACAACGUCCUUGACCCGGUUAAUCCUGGACCUCGGGACAAGAUGGAGAGUUUCUUCCUGGGCGAGACGCUCAAGUACCUGUUCCUGCUCUUCUCUGACGACGACUCCAACGCUGAGCUGCUCAGCUUAGACAAGUACGUCUUCAACACGGAGGCUCACCCUCUGCCCAUAUGGCCGUCUCCGCCCAAGUGAAGGUCACGGUCGCAAGUAAAAGGUCAGGCUCUGGUUGGAGUCGUGGGGGGGUCCGGUCCGGACCGGACUGUCGUGACGGUGCGGUAAAGCAAACCUGUGCUGUCCACACAACUGUGAUACAUUCACCACACGGAGGAGUUUUAUUUUUGAAAGGUUUCCUGUCAGAGCUGGUCUCUCCUGUCAGAGUUUUGUUUUUCUAUCGUAGAGAAAAGGAUGGAGCAGAAGAAAGUGGGCGUGGUUUGUUACCUUGGUAACCGGGAACGUUCUUGUAAGAGUGUCCAGGUUACGACGACGAUCGUGUUUCUCCUGUGAGUUUUUUUGUUCAUCUUGUAAAGUAAAAAAUCCUCAUUUGUCCUUGAAGCUGCGGGGGGCGCUGUUGCUCAGCAAAAUGUACAUAUACCCCACUCAAAACACACGUUUAAUCCGAGGUUUAAAGUUUUUGACCCAUUUAAUCCCGGGUUUAAACGUGUGUUUUUGACCCUUUUAAUCCGGGGUUUAAAGUUUUUGACCCAUUUAAUCCCGGGUUUAAACGGGUGAAAAGUGGAACGAUUUCCGAUAAUUCAAUGAUUUUAUCGACUUCAGUGUUUGUGGGAACAUGAAACCGGAGUGAACGUGCUAAUAAUUUCUUCUUCGUCUGCGUCAUUUCUGGCGGAAUGCUACAACUACGCAUUCAUCUUCCAUAUUUUAUUUGUUUUGGGGGUGGAGACUCUCUGUGUUAAGCUCCUCCUACCAGAUGAGGCAACAUCUGUGUCAGUGGUGUUGCAGCUAACGUUUGCACUUCUGAUCGUAGCAUUAAAUGUAAAUGAAGCUAACUUUAUUACGCAGUUAAAGGGGAAAACGGGUUUGUGGUUUGAUUUUUAAAGGUGCGUUCACACUGAAAUGAAUGUGAAGAGAUUUAUGUUGCGUGCGAUGGUCGGGUUUUUCAGCUUUGAUGUGAAGUCGCUUACUCGAGCUAAAGCUAACGAUCUUCAUAGUAACAUGUCACAUGUAACACAGUUGUGCGACGUCCCCGAUCUUAAUCCAAGUGUUCAAAUUCAAAUAUUUCAACUCAAGUGACUGAUGUAACGUAAUCUGAGUUUUUUUAGGGAUUAAAUGUCGCCUGACGCGACUCAUUAAACAUUUUUCUGUACUCUUUGCAUUCGCGGUGUAAAUUUGUCACACUGGUUGGACACGAAGCCGUGUUGCGAUUUCUGCUUUGUAGCGUUGUUAGCGCUUUGAUGCCAAAUGUUUGAGCACAUGUCGGCCAUGUUGGCAGGAGAGUAAACGGUACAACAUCGUAUUACGUGACGGUGGCAGCUUUCUCGUCAUUAUGGGAUGGUUGGGAACUUACACUUACACCGUCGCUUCGCUUAUGACUUAUUAUUUCGGAGCAGGGAUGGAAUAUUGGUCAGUAUCGGUCCGAUAUUGGUCAAAAUCACUGGAUCGGAUAUCGGAUAGAUAAAAAUCUUACAUAUAUGCUUCACUGUGCACAGACUGUAAACAUGUAAAUAAAAUCAGCAGAAGCUUUUAUGCUGAGUCAUGUUUCGGGCUCUUUAUUUAACAUUAAUUUGUGACAGUUGUAGAACGACGUCGUUGAAAUGACUCGGCACAAAUGUGUCGUUCACAGCUUCAUUCUAAAAUCACCAUGUAUCGGACGUUGUGAUUUUUUAUCACCGAUGUAUUGGACACUAUAAAAAAAGUGCUAUCGUUCCGUCCCUAUUUUGGAGUUAACGUUCCGAUGUCCCUCCUCGUUCCCGAUUGGAUAAAGCGUUAAAACGAUUUAUUUUCCGCAGAGAUCACUGACUGCAGCUUUCAAUAAAGCCGAAUUAUCUCCCGCUGGGUUCACACAGUGUUACAGUGGCUGGCAUUGUUGCCUCACAGCCAGAAGGUCACCAGUUCAUCCUGUAUGUUUGUACUGUGUAUGUUUGCCCAGUGUGUGACCCCGCCUCUGUCACCCUCUGUCAGCUGGGAUUAACUUCCACAGAGCAGUAGAGAAUGAAUGAAUGAAUGAAUGAAUGAAUGAAUGAUCAGCUGUUUGUGUGAAGCUUCUCGCUCUGUUUAUUCUCCGUCGCUGACGAUGAAGAGUCGUUUUGAAAAGCUCCGGUCGUUUCCACAUGAAGUCAUUUUUGAAGGACGCUGCUUAAAGAACGACUGAAGAAACUCUGUCACGCUGUCGUCGUGUCAUUUUUCUUCACACAGAAAACAACAAAAGCCAUUUUUCCCCCACGACGUCGUCACUGAAUGUGCUCGUCUGUGCCUGAGAUAUAAAGUUGUUUUUUGUUUUAAUUGCUGCUGCUGCUGCAUCAUUCACGUUUGACUUGGUGACAGAAUAACAUGGAUGUACAUAUGGUCGUGUAAAUAGUUUGAAACUGAAUCAAACGUGUGCAUCUGCUGAUUUUGUGGUGUUUUUUUUUUUUUUAGACGUAUUGUCUACUAUUUUUCACUUUUAAAUCUUUCCUAAAUGUAGUCACACUUGGUGACACUGCUGGUUUAAAACACACAGAUUAAAAUUUAAUCAAUCAAAAAAAAUAAAUAAAUAAAUAAAAUGUGACAGAAGCAAGGGAGGGAAGUUCUACACCAACUCUAGAUAUUAUCAUAAAUAAAUAUCGUUAUCAAAAUGAUCAUCAUCAAAAAUAAGCUAUUGCUGCUUCUUCUUCUGUGAUCAGCUGAUGUAGCCGAGCUUCAGUGCAGGAAGAGAGAGAGAAAAUAAAAGUCUGAGACAUUAUCGCGUUCCUUAAAACUCCCUUAAACAUACACUUAAAAGUGAGAAAAUGGUCAAAGUUAAGAAUCACACACAGACGAUAACGAGGACGACUGAAAACGGAGGAACUGAGAUUUUGCGGCAAAAAGUGCGACAGCCGUGUUUGAUAACGAGGUUAUUUUUGCUUUAAUCUGAAUUCUGUCGUAGACAAACAGCUGGGCGACAGUUUAUAUCGUGGUGUUUUUCCACAUUUUUCAUGGUUUCACAGUAUAUUACAGGUUUUUUUCUUCUCACGUGAGAGCAUUUGUUGUCGCCCCCUUACUGCGACGACUGUAGCUCGACAACAUUUUUGCGUCAAAUCUUCGUCAAAAUGUUUAAACCACAAAAAAACAAACCAACUCCUGUCUAUUGAUGGGACAAUAUACUAUAUUAUUGCGAUAAAAAGCACUUGCGAUAAAUUUAUCGUGGUGAAUUUCUUUUAUCCUAAAUUUCACGUGAGUGACUUGAAGUCCAACUCACCCACAUACGGUCCGUGUGAUUAUUAUUAUUUUGUUAAGGAUAAUUGCGAUAAUCGGGACAUUUUUGCUUAUACAACAAAUUUCGGAAAAUUCAAGGUCCAACUUGAGCAAGAAUUUUUGGUGAUGCAGCAGUGAAAAGGUUCCCCCUCCGUCAGUGUUUCACUGCUUCAUUUUUGUAACUAUUUUGCUCAUUGAUUCAUCAUUUUUGAGUGAUUUUUUUUUUUCAGUUUUUUCAGAAAAAAAAUAUUUCCUGGUUUCUUUGCUCUGUGUAACAAAGAAAUCAUCACAAAAUAAGAAAAACAUCAUUAUUUCCACGUUUAGGAACGUUUUCUUGCAUUUUAUUGACCAAAAAUCAAGAAAAUAAACUAAUCAUAAGUUCAUCGGCUCUAUGUAGACGGUAAAAUUCAGUCAACCUCACUCUGAUAAACAUUCUUUUCUUUUGUCGUCCACGGUCAACCCUUUUAAAGUUUCACAUUCAUGGUUUUUACGGCCGAUUCUUUCCACGUUAAAUAAUAAUUUUAAAAGGAAAGAUUGUGAAAGGUUAAUGUUGCGGUGGAUUAAAGCGUAAAAGUAAAACAAGUGCAGAGACUUUAAUCCACAGUUUUUACCAUUAAUGACACAGAUCAUGAAUUUUGAGUUUAAUGACGAUGAUGAUGGUUUUCAGCUGUUCAAGAGAAGAAGAGUGUUUUUUUUAUUAUUUAAGUGGAUCAAUAAAGUUUCAAUGCUACAAAAACAAAUGAAGCACAUGUUGUCGUGGCACUCACUUCUCCAUGACAACAAAGAGCCGCUGUGUUCGUGUUCAUCAGCUGAGAAAACUGUUUUUUUUGUUUUUUCUGCACAAACUGAAGAGUUUCAUCCUGUUUGCACCUUUAACGUCAGUUGUUUGUAAACGUGUCUCAUGUUCGGACACUGAUGAUCGGACACUGGCGAUCGGACACUGAUGAUCGGACACUGAUGAUCGGACACUUAACGUUGGCUCAGUCCAAACUAUUUUCCAGUUUUCAAAAUAAAGGUUUUCAGUCAAA